AUGUCAUAUGGUUAUUCCAGUCUGCUUCCUAAAAGAGAGAUUAAUGCAGAUCUUUUUGCUAACGAUAACAAGAAAUGGAAUGGAAAUUUAACAAGGAUUGCUAUAUGGGAUACAGGUGUUGAUCCAACUGCAGCUGGUCUUCAAAUUACACCGGAUGGAAAACCGAAAAUUGUGGAUAUGAUUGAUGCAUCAGGUUCUGGAGAUGUGAAAAUGAAGUGUAAACGACAUAUAGAUCAGGUGAAUCGUACUGUCGAAACGCUAACUGGACGCAAAGUAGAGAUACCAAGUCACUGGAAUCCACCUGAUGGUAUAAUAAGAAUUGGAGUCAAAUUAGCAUCAGAACUGUUUCCUAAACUUUUAAUGCAAAGAUUACGCAAUGAAAAUCGUGAUAACUUUUGGCGACCAAGUAUUAAACGUUUAGCAGCCAAUUUAGCUUGCGAUUUAACUGAAGCUGAAGAAUAUUUAAGCGAUAUAACACAAAAUUUUAAUCGUAUUUCAAUCUCAAGCUCAGAUAAAGAUAGUCCUAGAAAAUUUGUUGAAAUUGAUUCAAGCAAAACUCUACAUGAUGAUAUUUCGUGCACUGAUCAAAAGACAGAUCCGAUUUCAUGUCAGAUGAAUUCUAAUUUUAGCAGUCAUCAAGUGAAACCAGAAAAACGGGAACAGUCUGGUUUAACACCUACAGCUGCAAAGGCUCAAUUGAAAGCAGCUGCUCGAAGUUUGGAGGAUAGUUUAUCGCUUCUAGAUCAACGUUAUUCACCUAUGGAGAUUUUAUAUGAUUGUUUUGUAUUUCAUAAUGGAAGUGAAUGGGUUGCUUGUGUAGACACUAGUCCUUAUAAUCCUGGUAAAAAAUUAUCUGAUCUACCAUUGUUACGCGAUUAUACAGUGAAUCAUGAAUAUGCAUCAUUCGGUGAACAAACACAACUAUACUAUACAGUGAAAAUCUUCGACAAUGGAAAACUAUUACAAAUUGUCACAAAUAACAGUAGUCAUGGUACUCAUGUUGCUGCAAUAGCCUCAGCUUAUUUUCCCGCUUGUUCAUCCAGGCAUCCACCUAAGCAUUCUCAUGGAAAGCAGCCUACUGAUGCUUUCGCCUCAGCCAAUAAAACCACCACGGAUACGCCUAACUCGACUUCGCAUUUUUGCGAUCGUAAUGGUGUUGCUCCAGGUGCAGAGAUUGUAAGCAUUAAAAUUUCCGAUGGUCGAUUAGGUCCAAUGGAAACAGGCAUCAGUUUACUACGUGCUAUUAGAUGGACAAUUGAAUUACAAUGUGAUAUUGUUAAUUAUAGUUUUGGGGAACAAGUGAUUUGGCCAAAUGUUGGAAGGAUUUCAAAAUACUUGAAUAGAAUGAUCCAUAAACACGGUAUUAUUAUGGUGGCAAGUGGUGGGAAUAAUGGGCCAAGUUUAGGCACACUCAGUUGUCCAGGUGGCACAGUUCAAGGUGUAAUAGGUGUUGCUCCAAUGGUAUUUCCUGAUAUGAUGCGUAAUUUAUACAGUCAACCGGAUGAUCCAUACGCCUCACAAUAUCAAUCCAUAUGUGAAGAUUCUUCUUCUUACAAUGAUUCAUUGCAAACAACUCGUCAACAUGAUGAAAUGAAUUCAACUGCUCGAAAUUCUCAAACUGCUCAACCAACUGCUUAUACUUGGGGUAGUCGUGGUCCAGCAUUUGAUGGAGCCUUGGGAUUGUGUGUUGCUGCUCCAGGCGGUGCUAACACCUGUAUUGCUAGCUGGCAGUUAAAACCAUGCGGUUUGUUAAGUGGAAGUUCAAUGAGUGCACCAAUGGUCACUGGUGGGAUAAGUCUUCUCCUCUCUGGUUUACGUCAUCGUUAUAAGUGUAUCGAUGGUGGUUUAUUGAAAAUCCCACCAACUCUAAUUUAUUUAAGCCUAAUGAAUACAUCUAAAUCAAUUGAACACUUGUCCUAUCUAGAUCAAGGUUAUGGUUUAAUGCAGGUGGAUAAAGCUUUUCAAUACUUGGAUCAUGUAUUGUAUACAUUAUAUGAAGGUAAUACAAGUGAUAUGUUGGAAAAUAAAAUUGAUACUGUCAAUGGCGGCAGUGUUGUCACCGUCAGUGAUAACAGGAAUUUGGAUGACAAUAGUAAAGAGAAAAGUUCAACAUGUCAGUUAUUAUUAAGUAUUCCAGAUCCGUGUAUAACACACGGUUGGCAUAUACGAGUAACUGUUUCUGGACCUGGUUGUUCACCAAACAGUCGUGGUAUUUGGUUAAGACGUGGUUGGUUAUUAAGUCCAAGAAGAUUUCAUAACAUGGCAUCGCCAUCACCACAGUUGCCUUUAUUACGUUUCACAUUACACAUGAACAUUGAAUUCGAUGAGUAUGUUCCAUUAAGUGUUCGACGGAGUACUGAAUUCCACUUGACUACUGAAUUAAUUUCUGAAUUGAAAGGAUUAACCAAUUCCAAUGGUUGGUUACAAAUAGCAUCAAUUAUUACUGUGACAAGCACGUCAAGAGAUAUCAACUGUGUUAUUGAUCCAGUUAGAUUCUCAAAACUCUUGAUGAACAAGUAG